AUGAAUCAAGGAAGCGAAACAACUCCCCGACGAACCACAUCCUGGCGCGGCCGACUCAUCGAUGGUGUUUGGUACUGCGACUGUGAUCCGCGACUGCCAGCAGACCACUUUCAAACCAAGAAUGGCGGAGUAAACCAUGGUCGGUGGUUCUACACAUGCCAAAAACCGCAACCGAAACGAUGCAAGUUCUUCCUCUGGGAUGACGAUGCGCAAAUACGCGAGAAACAUACGCUGCUUUCAAAUUCGAGAACAGAACCGGACACGCCGAAGAAAACGCCCUCCAAAAGUGCUCAGGUCGGCGGUUUAUUUACCCCAGGCACCGGGACAAGUUAUGGCAAUGGUGGUGGUAGUACGUUGAGAGGAGCGCAAACAGAACCUCGGCGACGACUCGAUUUCUCGUCACAACAACAAACACCUUCCAAAAUCCGGAAAUCGUCGACUUUGUCAUCGGACGAAGAAGCCUACAGCUGGGACGAUAGUCUCGAUAAUGAAGUCGAUAAUCUCCUAGGUGGCGACAGCAGUACUUCUCGGCCCAGACAACCCAUCUUUACACCCAACAAAACUCCAAGAACAGCUACAAACACUUCACCCAGCAAGCGUAAACUCGAUGACGUCUUUGACGACAGUGACAAGCCUCCGCCAUACUCUGAAAGCGCAUCUACAACUCAAUCAUUGAGUACAACAGCGCCAUUCUCAUUCUCUUCUGUAGAAGUAUCCGCAACCCCGACUCCGCGACGAUACAAAGACGUUUUAUCAGCGCAGGGAGGAGCGGCUUCCCAUAACCAACCUUCGGAUCUUGCGUCAAAUAUUCUGUCAGUCCUCGAUCGUCACGAUGUCGUUGUUCCGACCACCGCGAGGGAUGAGCUCGUUGCAUUGCUGGAUCAGCAUCAUCUCAAGACGCAGGGCAUAAUCAGGGGCAGGGAUAUAUCGCGAAUGGCGCUGAAGAAGAAAGACGAAGAAAUUCAAGUUCUCAAGACAAGAGUUGAGCGAUUGGAAACGGAGCGAGAGAUGGAUAAGCACCAUCUCUUCGAAGUCUUCGUUGAAGAAACGCCAGGUCCAAUGGACUCAACAACUUACACAGCCACGAAACAAUCCACCUCCAAAAACCCCGUCAUGUUUCGCCCACCCGUCAACCGCACAAUGCGCGUCCUCGACCGCUCGUUCUUCAAAAAGACCGUCCCCCUCUCCGCAGCCACCGUGCUCGAGAACAAAAACAUUUCCGCAGUGCGCAAGACAUUGUCAUCCAGCAAGGAUGCGCUCAGCCUUCCCCGAUUCGAUGAGUGCACGGUGCCCAUGGCGGAGAAGUUGGUUGUGGGGAGGGAUGGGCGGAUAUUGGAGUUGACGCCGCAUGAGUCGAGGAGGAAGAAGUGUCUGGUGUUGAGGGAGGAUAUCAAAUACGAUGAUGCGACUACCUGGUCCCCGAUUUUGAAUGAGUUGGUCGAAAAUGGCAUGGUGGGGCUGGGUCCUUUUACGAUUGAUUUGGACUAUUCGUACUGGACUUAUGCAGAAAUUAUUGAGGCGAUUCUACCGGAGAAGGAUGUUGCGGAUGGAGAGUUUCCAGAGGGUUUUACAUUGACGGGACAUGUUUUACAUUUGAACCUACGAGAGCGAUGGUUCCCUUAUAAGCACCUCAUUGCGGAAAUCCUCAAAGACAAAAACCCAAAAGUGCGCACCGUGAUCAACAAAACUCAAGUCGUUGGAUCGGAAAGCGAGUUCCGUACAUUCCCAUUUGAAAUUCUAGCCGGUGACAAUGAUAUGAAUGUCACGGUUCAUGAGCAAGGUUGUGAAUUCCGAUUCGAUUUCUCGCGCGUAUACUGGAACAGUCGUCUGGAAACUGAGCAUCGUCGACUAUGCGACAAAUUCAAAGAAGGUGAACUCGUCUGCGACGUUAUGGCUGGAGUUGGACCAUUUGCUGUGCCCGCAGGAAGGAGAAAGAUCUUUGUAUGGGCAAACGAUCUCAACCCCCAUGGAUACGAGAGCAUGGAAGACGCCGUGCAGCGAAACAAGGUGCACCAAUUUGUGACACCAUACAACAUGGAUGGACGAAAAUUCAUCCGCGAAACCGCAAAAUUGAUGACAUCCCCCUCAACAAAAGUUGUCAUUCAGCCUAGGGUUCCAACCUCUCUCAAAAAAGCAAAACCCGCGGGAAGUGGAAGAACACCAGCACCACCACCUCAAAUAUAUACUCGACCACCAACCGUUGAUCACUACGUAAUGAAUCUGCCAGCAACCGCAAUUGAGUUUCUGGAUGCCUUUGUAGGUGUCUACGCUGGCAUGGAAACGCACUUUGAGCCGCAUAGCCCAGGCCAAAAUUUGCCCAUGAUACAUGUCUAUUGCUUCUCAGGCAAUUCGGAGGACGUCCGCGUUGAUCAUGAAGAUGUCUGCAAACGCAUCUCGGAGCGUAUGGGAUUCACGCUCUCGCCGGAUGAUACGGUCAAUGGAUCGGGCAAUCGGGAGAGGGAAUUGGAAAUUUAUAAUGUGAGAUUGAGGAACAAAAUGAGCACAGGUAUCAAGCUCCCCCCGGCCACCCACCGCAAGCGCGUCGUCCCUCAGUCCGACCUCGAAGCUGCCUCCACCCUCAAACUCGGCGAGGAUCAACACACGCAUACAUUGUCGCUUAGCGAGGCACGACUAGUCAUAAACAAGGUGCUGGAAAAUAAGAGGCGGGGUGGGAAGAAAUACGAUGAGCCUGAGAACCUAACCAAAACGCUGGAUUAUCUAGAGGUUUUCUCUCGAUUCAAGGAUGAAGAAAACAUCAAGGCAGUGGAGAGGUUGCUCAAUUCGCACACGGAGUUGGAGAUGUUUGAGCGGUCACAAUUAGGCAGUCUAUGCUGCGACAACGCCGAAGAAGCAAAGUCGCUCAUCCCCAGUCUGCAGAACAAGAUCUCAGAUGUUGAUCUGCAAGAGUUGCUGGAUGAGUUGACCAAGUUGAGGAACUUUGUGGAGUGA